AUGACACCAGUUGGCAACGCUAAUGAUGUCAGUUUUUGACAAUACCCUUUCAACCCACGUUCUAACAUAAGUGUUGAACUGUAUCUUAAAAUAUUUUUUGUUGCUGUUACAAGUUGAUACCUUGUAAACCAUGAGUAGAUUUUUCGCCGGAUCCGAUUCAGACUCGGAUAGUUCAUCUGAGGAAGAGAUUAUUCAACGUCCCCAAGUUCCCGCUUAUACUUUCAGUGACGAUGAAGAAGAAGUGAAACGAGUAGUUAGAUCUGCAAAGGAAAAACGAUAUGAAGAACUUACCAAUAUCAUUAAACAAAUUCGUAAUUAUAAAAAAAUUAAGGAUAUGUCUAGCAUGCUUAACAGUUUUGAAGAAUUGCAAAAGGCUUAUCAAAAAGCAGUACCAGUAAUAAUAAAAGAAGAAAAUGGCCAAACUCCACGAUUUUUUAUUAGGUGCUUGGCUGAAAUGGAGGAUUUUAUCAAUGAAAUGUGGGAAGAUAGAGAGGGAAGAAAAAAUAUGAGUAAAAACAACAGUAAAUCUCUCACAUCCAUGAGGCAGAAGUUAAGAAAGUACUUGAAAGACUUUGAAGAUGAUUUGGCCAAAUUCAGAGAAAAUCCAGAACAGCCUGACGAUGAAGAGGAAGAAGAAAAGCCUGAAGCAGCAGAAGAUUCUGAAAAUGAAGCACCUCCCAAAAAUGCGUUUCUCAAAGCUCCACCUAAACAAACUGUUGUUGAUGAUAAAGAUGAAUCAUCAGAUUCGGAUGAUUGGCCAUCAGAUUCUGAAUCUAGCUCUGAAUCAUCAGAUGAUGAUGAAGGUAAAUACACUAGCAUGCGUGAACGAUUCUUGAAGAGAACUGGUCCUGCCCAUGAAGAAGAUGAAGAGAGGGAAAGAAGAAAGGAAGAAAAAAGAAAAGAGAGGAAAGAAAAAGGAAGAAAGUUGAAAAAAGAAGAAGAGGAGGAUGGAGAAGGAAAAUGGGAGACUGUUAAUCGAGGUUUUGCAAUUCCGAGUGAGAAACCAAAAAUGUUUGCAAAGGAUGCUGAAAUCGAUUUAAACCUUGUAAUUAAGAAAUUGAGUGAAAUAAUGGCUGCUAGAGGUAAAAAGCGUACGGAUCGUCGUGAACAAAUAGAGCUUUUACACGAAUUGCAAAAUGUUUCCGAACAACAUCAGCUUGGAGCUGCAAUGUUCAUCAAAAUCAAAUUGGCUAUCAUAUCCGCAAUUUUUGACUACAACCCAAAAGUUUCAGAUGCUAUGAAACCAGAGUAUUGGUUGAAACUAAUUGAAAGAAUGGCUGAAAUGUUGGGAAUGCUGUUGAAUACAAAUAAUUUAAUAGUAUCGGAAACUAUCACUGAAGAGAAUGAAAACUUAGAAGAACCACCAUAUCGUAUAAGAGGUUGUAUACUAACUUCAGUAGAAAGAUUGGAUGACGAGUUCACUAAACUUUUAAAAGAAUGCGACCCCCAUAGUAACGAAUAUGUUGAGAGAUUGAAAGAUGAAUGCAAAGUUUCUAACAUAAUUGAUAAAACUAUGAAGUAUUUAGAAAGAACUAACAUAGCAUCUGAGUUAUGUAGAAUAUAUUUACGUAAAAUAGAACAUUUGUACUACAAGUUUGACCCUCGAGUUUUGCAACAAAAAUCUGGUGAUAACAGUAUAUCUAAAGAUGAAGUAACAUCAGUACAAGAAAUGGAAAAGCUCUGCAAAUUCAUCUAUGCUAAGGAUAGUACAGAUCGUCUCAGAACUAGAGCUAUUUUGUCACACAUUUAUCACCAUGCUUUACACGACAAUUGGUUCCAAGCUAGAGAUUUGGUGUUGAUGUCUCAUUUGCAGGAAACUAUUCAACAUUCAGAUCCCAGCACACAGAUUUUAUAUAAUAGGAUGAUGGCACAUUUGGGUUUGUGUGCAUUUAGGCAUGCAAAUAUUAAAGAUGCUCAUAAUUGUUUAGUGGACUUGAUGAUGACAGGAAAACCAAAGGAGUUAUUAGCUCAAGGUUUACUUCCUCAGAGACAACAUGAACGUAGUAAAGAACAAGAGAAAAUAGAAAAGCAACGUCAAAUGCCGUUCCACAUGCAUAUAAAUUUGGAACUUUUAGAAUGCGUUUACCUAGUAUCCGCCAUGCUGAUUGAAAUACCCUACAUGGCCGCUCAUGAAUUCGACGCUAGACGUAGAAUGAUUUCUAAAACGUUUUAUCAACAAUUGCGUUCAUCAGAACGUCAAAGUUUGGUAGGGCCACCAGAAAGCAUGAGAGAGCAUGUAGUAGCAGCCGCUAAAGCUAUGAGAAAUGGAAAUUGGCUAGCUUGUAAUAAUUUUAUCAUCAACGAUAAAAUGAACGCUAAAGUUUGGGAUUUAUUUUAUCAAGCAGACCAAGUUAGAUCCAUGCUAACUAAAUUAAUAAAAGAAGAAUCUUUGAGAACUUAUUUGUUUACUUAUUCUCACGUGUACGAUUCUAUAUCCAUGGCGACGUUAUCGGAGAUGUUCCAAUUGGGAAAACCUGUUGUACAUUCUAUUAUAUCUAAAAUGAUAAUAAAUGAAGAACUUAUGGCAUCAUUGGACGAUCCAACUCAAACUGUUGUGAUGCACAGAAGUGAACCAUCUCGCUUACAAUCUUUAGCUUUACAACUGGCAGACAAAAUGAAUAAUUUUGUUGAUUCUAAUGAAAGAAUAUUGGAAACUAAACAAGGCAAUUUCUUCUUGCGUGGCGCAAAUCAGGGCAAUUUCCGAGGCGAAAGGCAAAAUUACCGAGGAAAUAAUCAAAACUGGGAUAGGCAAAGAAGGGACAGAGAAAGGAGAGAAAAAGAUAAUUAUUAAUGAGACUUUCAGUUUUCUAUUUGUAUUCAAUUACAUAUAAUAAAGAAUAACUUUAUUACA